CUACUGUCACGCCAUCGCCCCGUUUUCCCCUUUGCUUCAGUUCUUCCUCCGGACUGGAGAUAGGGAGGCGGCCGCCAAGCUGGGCCCGCGAAGAGUUGGUGAGGGGUGGGGUCUUGCUUGCUGGGACCGCCCAGAAGGAAGCCUCGCCGAUUCUUGGAGGUGGCGCAUACCCUGAUUUGUAUAGCCGGUCUCGGCGUUUCUCCUUCAUUUUCGAUCGAUCCACUAACGUUUUGGCGUUGCAGCCAUGCAAAGAGUAGCUAUAGUCACCGGCUCCACCAGUGGGAUUGGUUCUGCGCUGUGUGAACGUCUGCUCCAGGAAGAUGAAAACAUCCAUCUUUGUUUAGCCUGUAGAAAUAUGGAAAAAGCCAAUGCCACUCGUGACAACCUAUUAUCUUCCUUCCCCCGUGCACACAUCAGCAUUGUUAAAAUAGAUGUUGGCAGGCUGGAAUCUGUCCUACAUGCAGCUCAAGAAAUCAAGAUAAGAUUUCACCGAUUGGAUUAUCUCUUCUUGAAUGCUGGGGUCAUGGUCAAGCCACAUAUCAGUUUCUGGGCAUUUUUACGUGGCCUCUUCUCCAGCAGAGUAUUUCGAAUGCUCUCCACUGCAGAGGGGCUGAUGACCCAGCAGGACAGGGUCACUCCAGAAGGCCUGCAGGAAGUCUUUGCAACCAACUUCUUUGGACAUUUUGUAUUGAUCCGGCAGCUGGAGCCUCUGCUGUGCUGCCUUGAAAAACCUUCCCAGCUCAUCUGGACUUCUUCAGUCAAUGCUCAUAAGUCUAACUUUAAUUUUGAUGACAUCCAACACAAGCAGGGCAAAGAGGCCUACAGCUCCUCUAAAUACUGCACUGAUCUUAUAAGUGUGGCUUUAAACAACCAUUUCAACAAGCAGGGUUUAUUUUCAAGUGUCAUGUGUCCAGGUAUUGUAAUGACCAAUCUAACUUAUGAAAUGAUGUCCCCUCUUUUAUGGAAGCUGUUUUUUCCUUUCUUCUGGCUGUUACGCCUGUGCACCCCUACAUAUACUCUGACACCAUACAAUGGAGCAGAAGCACAGAUUUGGUUGUUUAAGCAGAAGCCAGAGUUGCUGGAUUCCCUGGUGAAAUAUCACAGUUGUACUACCAUUUUGGGGAGGAAUUAUACUGAGAGCCGCAAGAUGGAUAUUAAUGAAGACACAGCAGAGAAACUGUACAAGAAGUUGUUGGAAUUAGAAAAACAAGUUUUAGUGAGCAACAAUCACCCAGAUAAAAAAUAGCAAGACAGCGGUUCAUAGGAAAAUGUUUCUUCCACUUGGAACACUCUUUGUUAUUAUUGUUUGCCUUUGCAAAUCAGAUUUUCCUAGUGGACUGCUGUAGAUGAUUGUGUGACUAGAGUGUGAAAGAAACUGGACAGUUGCUUGUCUGAAAUGGUAUAGGGUCUCCUGCUUAAGCAGGAGGUUGGACUAGGUCCUCCAAGGUCACUCCCAACUAUAUUCUGAUUGAUUGACCUUAUUUCUCCUCACAAAGGUAUUUUUAUAAUAUUUUUUGGGGCCAAUAUCCUAAUGGUGAUGCUUUUUCAUUCAAUGUAUGCCACCCCCACCUGGGGCCUCAAAUAGCCCUGCCUUGGGGCUCCAAGUACUUUGACUGUGGCCUCAAACACUGUCCUGGCAUUGGAUUGUAUGAAAGAAAUCCAAGCAUCCUUCUUGGGACCCCAAAACUGGUGGGGGGGAGGGGGACUGACAAACCAAUCUGGACUGACAAAGCCCAAGGAGGCACAUCCUCAGCAGAUUCUGUAGCUGCCAGUAACAGUUUGUAGAUCACUCCUCUGCUUUCUCAAGGUCGAUUCAGCUGCGACAGCUUCAAGUUUAUUAGUAUGAGGUCUCUUGCAGCUUGGAUUUAAAGCAAUAAUUCCAUCUGGGAGAGACUGCUCUAGGAAUGGGCAUACUUUCUCUGAGCAGAAGACACAUAUUGGGAAUAUUGAAAAAAUGCUCAAGAAGGGCUUCAUUCUAAAAAGCAUAGUGGGAUAACAAAAUUUCCAUACAUUGCCUUCUUCCUGAUAACCAUUCUGCAUGUAGUAAAUCUAUCAGUGUAUUCGCAGCGGAGCAGCUAGUUCAGAGAUGGCCUAACAGCUUUUCUAUCACUCUAGUUGUUCUGUUGUUGUAAAUUUGCAAGGUAACCUGGUUGGUCUGCAAACAGAAGUUAUUGGUCAUCUCUUGGACUAUCCGAUCGAGUGUUGUUUUCUUUAUAGGUAUUCUUUCCUCUCAUGUUUUUGGGAGGGAGAGAAAGGCCUGCUCUGGUUUCAGUUUCUGAAUUAGCCACCCGAUGUCCAUCAGUAGAUGUCCUCCUGGGUCCUUCUGCAAUAUUUGGGUGACUUUUAAUAAACUUUGCAAAAUAUUCUUUCAAGCAGUCAACCUUAUUUAUGACAUUUGAUAAAAGUUCAUAGAUUGAGUUUACAGUUUGAGCUGUAAGCAAACAUUGUCUGGAAAGGAAGCCUGUUGCAUUCUCCCUUUUUAAAUUUGUUACAUUCCCAUCCUGGGCAAGGAAAGCGGCUGCUGAGCAAACUGCUGAGUUCUAAGGAGGGGAGAUAUUUUCUGUGAGAGAAGCAGGAAGUUCUAUAUGCUGUUUGCUUUCAAAUUCAGUUUAUAAGUCCCAUUCCAAUGAGUCACAUAAAUUAGAUCUAUCUGGCAAGGAGACUGCAGAUGAGUUACUUACUGCAGUAGACUGUCUACAUGCAGUAUAAUCUUCCAUUUUCUGCUGCUUCAAUGGCUUGGAAAGUGCACACUGUCUCUUUCUCUUUUUCCCCAUUCUUAAAAAUCCUAGCUUGUUAAAAUGUAGGUAAAACACAAUGGUAGCCUCUCCAAUAUAUAUGCUUUUAUAAAAAGUCAUACAAGAGUUAAAAUGGGUUAAAACUGGGCUAAAAAUACAACGUUAAAAAAAUCUUUACUUUUGGAGGCACUCUUUACAGUCUUUGCUGCCUGUCCACCAUCUUAGCUCCACUUCCUCAUUAUGCGAUAAAGAAUUGUGCAAACAAUUACAACAUCAUUAGAUUAUGCUCAGUGCAUUUUUAUAUAUGUAUGUAUGUGAAUAGCCUACAAUUGGAUUUUUUACUGUUUAUGGCCAUAUGGUUGUAAUAAACUGAUUUGAUUCCUUUUUUCAAAAGACUGUAUAAUCAAGGUAAUAGUGUUGAGCAUUUCUGUAGCUAAAGAUGCUCAUGUUAUUAAUUUUAUUUUAAAACUAUUCUUUUUUUCUAACAAGAUAGUGUUUAUUUGAACAAGUCAUUCUGCCAAGCCAGGUCUCUCUCCAUAUACCUCAAGGUCUAAGGGAACACCAGCUUCAGUUUUUAUUUUUGUCUUUUUGUUGACAAACCUUUCAACCACUGAGUAUGCCCCAAUUUUACAAAAGGAAUUUACAGUACCUCUGAAUAACGGUGUAUGCAGCUGACAUUGUAAAUAAACUUUUUGAAUAAGUUGUAUCUCAACAGCAAGAUGGUCUUCUUAAAGUCUGACAUCCUAAUUUUUUCCAUCAUUGUUUUUAUUUGAAAUAAAUUCUUCUAAUGAUUGCA